UUCGCAAUUAAACGCCAAAUAACUAUCAGUCGUUUAAUUACAGGAGCACCGUUUUUUAAUUUGUUCAGCAGCACGUACAACUCUGAAGACUGACGACUACUACAUAUGCACUUCUAGAGAGAACAAGUGAGUGUGAAUAGAAACCGGAGUAUAAAAUAACGCAACGAAUGCCUUGAACGGAAGGAAACUAGGAUCUUUUUAAUCUAGCAACAACAACGACUACAAAAGUACAAAUUAUAAUGGAGAAGAGCUUGGAGUUGUUGUCCGACAUAGAAUGUCCCUUCAACCCUAUGAUGGCACAAGGGGACGGACCCCUUCUCAGUAGGUCAUCUUGCAAUCUCAUCCGUUUCGAUGACAGCGGUGAUAACCAGUCUAGGGUUUAUGGGGACGAGUCAUUCGAAGCUCUUGGAGGAAAUUCUAGUGUGCUUGAUCCUUGUGAUCUCAAGACGGAAAUUGCACAGUUAAAAUUCCAGAUCCUGAAGUUGAAUGAGGAUUGUGCCGAUUUGAGGAAACAGAACUCAACUUUUCAAGAUGAAAACAUAUUGUUAAUGUCAGAAAAGGACGAGCUGGAGAAAAAGUUGGCUCAUCGUGAUUUAGCUCAAGAGCGAAUUAAACAGCUCCAGAAACAGUUGGAUGAGACAGUACGAGCGGUAUCGAAUAUUGAAGAUCUAAACUCAAUUCUUCGGGCAAAAAAUCAACGUCUGGAAAAAGAUUUUUGGGACUUAGAAGACAAGGAUAAUAAUCUCCGAAAUGAUUACAACAAAGUAAUGACAGACUUGGAAAAGGCUUACGCCAAGAUAAAAAGGAAGGAUGAAGAUAUUCAACGACUUAAAUGUGCAUCAGAAGACCUAAUUGAGAAAUGGAGAGUUAAGCAAACCUGGUUAGAGCAUCAAAUGACAGAUUUAAAUGAGACCUUGGAGGAAAUAACGAGAGCGAAUUUUCAACUUCGACAAGAAAAGUUCGAGUUGGAAAAUAGUUUAGUGGACUGUGCAGGCAACCAGUUGGUAUAUCUCAAUGGCAGUAUUGGCAGUCCUGAGGGUAAUUCCAGCAGGUCAAGCUCUCCCAGUAGUCCACGCUGCUCUCGAACAAAUUAUGCAAGCCCACGAUCCUACCUUGGGCGCUCAUUGCAAGCCGAGAUCGCAGCGAUUAUUCAGUCCAAUAAUGGUUCUUCCGCUUCUACCAUAAGUUUGGACAAUUCUGUGUCUCAAUCGUGCCCUGUUCUUUCCGAGCCUGACGAAUGCAUGGACAAAAUGUCCAUGCCGGUGCUGUUGGUGACCUGCUCAACCUCGACGCAGACUGAUCCUUUAAUUGACGAACAACCAAUUGAAAUAACAACAACACCUCCUUCUCCCCCCUCGUCGGAUACUUCUCUCGGGAUCAACCUACGAGUUGAGCUUUGUUCUUCAAAGUUAGGACUCUCUAUAGGACGCCCACCGUCCCGGAGACCCUCCACGCAAGACAGGAGCUUAUUGGACCCAACUGAUCUCGGCGAUCUUGAGGAUGGAGGAGAUGUCAACUAUCUGGAUAGCUUAAGCGCUCAUAUCGGGUACGCUUUCGAUCCUGUGAGAAGAUGCUCUGAAUCUGCAGCAAGGAUAUUAACGGGUCAGGAAUGGAGAACUCUAAGAUUGGACUUGGAUAAGAAAGCUCAAGAUAAUUAUAGAAAGGGGAAUGAAGAAGAGGGAAAUGACUUUGAAGGAGGUCUUGCCGUCGAAAGUGGUUCUCAACGCCCUUCAAAUGCACCAGACUUGGAAGAAGAAGCUGAAGAGUGUUUGGAGAAAUUUCCAGGCCUUGUUGAAAAACUCUUUGAGGAUUUAGAUGUAAUUAAGCGAACCCAGAAAAACCCGGCCGAAUUCGAUUUAGAAAUUAUUUCGACUCGAUUUAACCAUUUAGCCCACACUUUUAAAGUCGAACACUCAAAUUUAGCUCAAAGAAAGGAAAUUAAUGCCAACAAUCAUGACCAUGCCACGACAAAAAUGGAAGACAUUGUUGAAUCUCUAUCGGAAAUUGUUCAGAAAUUUGACGAUAUAACAAGAAAAACAAACGUGCCUGAAGAUUUGUCUAAACUGAUCUUAUCAUUCAAAAACAUUCCAGGAGACUUGGACAUUUAUACUCACGAAUUAUCCAAAACAUCUCGCCGAGUUGGAAUGAUGGAUGUACAAGUCCGCCUUUACAAAAUGAUUGAAGUUAUGGUUUUAUAUGUUCAUAUUUUGAGAAACAUGUGUGCCGAAAAAGACAAGGACAUUCAAUCAGCCAGGAAGCUCCUCGAUAAGAAUAGUAUAAUCUACUCGGUAUCGAAACCUGUCACAGCGAGGAACAACGAAAAUGGAAAUAACAAUAACGGAAAGCUGUGCAACGGAAACCAUGAGAGUGAGUUCGACCCUGAUUCUCCCGAUCGACCUACCCAGUUACUUCAACAUUUACUGGGACCUAUCAAAUCAAAUCUCAACAUGGAUAAUAAACUGGUGCUCAAGGAAGAGAAAGCAAGUCCUAACGUACUCCUUAGAUUCUGGUCUGAAGCUUACGAAACAAUGAGGUGUGAAUUUUUCUGGCCGUGGAACGGAGAAGACACGUGGCGUGGUAUGAAGGAAGGAUUUUCCUUCACUUUGAUGGUCUUGGGUCUCUUUGUCAUCUUCCGGAAUUUAUUCCCCAGCGUUGCGGACGGUUGUCCCACCCCAUCCAUUGAUCUCGGUUCGAUCUUCUCCAAACAUGGAGAACUCCAUCACCCAGCCCUCCCACCCAUUUAAAAAAUAGCAGCACCAUACAGACCAAAUAAUGAAACUUGAAUCUUUGGCGGCAGCGUUAUCAUUACAUUUUACAGAUAUUAUACAAACCACCAAAACGGAAUUCUUAUUCCGAAAUUGUUUCUAAUUAUUUAAAUUGUUUUUGUAAAUUAUAUAGAUCUAUACAUAUACUUAAGCCGUUGUGCCAUGAGGAGACAAUUGCCUAACAAUACUGUUGUAUAAGUUAAAUGUGGAAAUUCCAUUGUUAAUUUAACCCUACAGAGAGUAAUGAAAGAAGAGACGAUCGAAUAAUAAUAGUUGUGAGUGCUAGUAUGUAUUCAUAUAUUAAAAUACUGGUACUACUACUCCAACUUAUGUCUAACCUACGAUUGAAGAAGAGCAAUAAAUACAAUUAUCGUCAUGUUAUUACUCAAAAAGCAA